CUCAGCUUUUGUCCGAUAUCCAUAUUCGCUGCGAUGGACGUGGAUUUACCAGCGAAUGUCGAAUGCGUAGCAGAACUGCAAGGUCACGAUGAUAGGGCAUGGCAUACAGCCUGGAAUCCGACGAAGCCAAUUCUGGCCUCUUGUUCAGCAGAUAAAACCGUCCGGCUCUACCACUACGGACGAAACGAUGAUGAACCGGACCCCGGAUCUAUAUCAUUUAAGCACGUCAAUACGAUCCAGACGGGGCAUACCAAGACAGUGCGCGCUAUCGCAUGGUCCCCGUCUGGGCGUACACUCGCGACAGCCUCGUUCGACGCCAACAUCGGUAUCUGGGAGAGGGAGGGUGCCGAGGAAGAGGAGGACGAAGAUGGUAAUCCGAGCCAUACAGUGCACUCCGGCGAGUGGGAGUGCAUGAGUCUCCUCGAAGGCCAUGAGACGGAAUGUAAAAGCGUCGCAUACUCCUCAUCGGGCAAUCUUCUCGCCAGUUGUAGUAGAGAUAAGACGGUCUGGGUAUGGGAAGUCCACCCCGACUCGGAUUUCGAGUGCAUGGGCGUGAUGAUGGAGCACUCGCAAGAUGUCAAGCAGGUCGCAUGGCACCCCACAGAAGAGAUCCUGGCUUCAGCGUCCUAUGAUGAUACAAUCAAAUUGUACAUAGACGACCCAUCGGAGGACUGGUUCUGCUUCGCCACCCUAACAGGGCAUGCCUCGACAGUUUGGUCCCUCGCCUUCUCCCCCAACGGUAGAUACCUAGCAUCUUGCUCGGACGACCUCACGAUCCGCAUCUGGGAACGGGUCGAGCAGUACAAGUGGGAGUGUGUAGAGGUCAUCGAGGGUGUCCACGAGCGCAGUAUAUAUUCUAUUGCUUGGGGAACCGGGGAAGGAAGAAAAGGUGAGGACAGCUUAGGAUGGCUGGCCAGCACAGGUGGAGAUGGCAAGAUAAACGUCUUCGAGUUCCACGCUCCGCCGACAACCUCCGAAACCUCUGGUACACGCCCGCCUCCGUCGCAUCAUCUAUUAGCACGAGUCACCUCCGCCCACGGUGUGCACGAUGUGAAUAGCGUAUCAUGGUGUCCACGCCAAGGUUUGCGUAAUAUCCUGUCGACGGCUGGAGAUGAUGGAAUUGUUAAAGUAUGGAAAAUCACUCCUCCAAAGGAAUCAUAGAAGGGCCGUCUUAAAUAGUGUAUCAAAUACAAUGCUAGAAUAUGUGUAUAACAGAGACCUCGCGCCAGUAUCAG